AGCCAAUGAGAGUGAGGGGGCGUGGCCUCGUCUGUUUCGCGCGGAGUUUUGAGUGGCAUCUUGGUCUUCCGAGCCAGACGUUCUGCAGGUUGGCCACUUCGGAGAUGGUUCCUGCACUCAACUGUAUCGUCGCCGUGUCUCAGAACAUGGGCAUCGGCAAGAACGGGGAGCUACCCUGGCCCCCACUCAGAAAUGAAUUUAUGUAUUUCCGAAAGAUGACCACCACCUCUUCAGUAGAAGGUAAACAGAAUUUGGUGAUAAUGGGUAGGAAGACGUGGUUCUCCAUUCCUGAGAAGAAUCGACCUUUAAAGGACAGAAUUAAUUUAGUUCUCAGUAGAGAACUCAAAGAACCUCCAUCAGGAGCUCAUUUUCUUGCCAAAAGCCUUGAUGAUGCCUUAAAACUUAUCGAGCAACCAGAAUUAACAAAUAAAGUAGACAUGGUCUGGAUAGUGGGGGGCAGCUCUGUUUAUCAGGAAGUUAUGAACAAGCCAGGUCAUUUGAGACUAUUUGUGACAAGAAUCAUGCAGGAAUUUGAAAGUGACACAUUUUUUCCAGAAAUUGAUUUGGACAAAUACAAACUUCUCCCUGAAUACCCGGGGGUUCCUUCUGAUGUCCAGGAAGAGAAAGGCAUUAAGUACAAAUUUGAAGUAUAUGAAAGGAAAACUCAAUAAUGAGAUGUUUCCUGAAUUAUUUAACAAUGCUAUCCUCUGAAAAUAAUGUAUUUUGAUAUAAAAAAGAUUUGUUCACUUAAAAU